AUGUCGUCGACAAAGUUCCAGUACAAGCCAUUGACGCUGACGCCCAUCAACUUUUCCCUCACAGAGGGCACCUCGAUACCCGCGCCGCUCGACAGUCCUCCCGACUCGCCUCGCCCUCCCACACCGGGCAAGGGACCGCUCUCCUCCCAUCCUACCCCCAAGUCGCCCGCCUCGCCACCCCAGAGAGAGUCGCCUCCUCCAGAAAAGCCGUCCGACAACGCGACUCUCGAUUCAUACCCGCGAGAGAGCCGCACCAGCGAUGGAGCAAGCACCGUGUCCCCCACGAGUCCCUCGAGCAAACGUCCUACGUCUGUGCGUAAGUUUCUCGGCAUUCGCACCCUCUCCUCCUCCGACAGCCUCAAGUCUGACCGGCCGGGCUCUCCCGCGACCAUCACCAGCCAGGCGCCCAGUCUGAACAGGAGGAAGAGUGGCAGCUGGUUCGGUAAGAGGAAAACUUUUAUCGCCGGCCCCGUCCCAGAGGGCCACGUCGACACGCCCACCUACGCAAACACUCGCACCGUAUCGCAGCCCCAGCCUGUCCAAGCUCCGGAACAAAAGGGCCCUCCGGCCCCAGCUCUACCUGGUCUGAGCUCUUUUGGCCUCAAUGAGGAUGCGCUGAGUCUGAGCGCCGAUGAUCUAUUCAAGGAUAUUGGGAAGCACGACGAACCUAUCCAGCCCAAGAACAACUACUCCAACUCGGACAACAAAUCAAAGUCGACACGAUGGGAGCUAUGA